GUCUGCUGUAUAAAAAUAUAAAGCUAGCCACCGGUAACAUGGAGCCAAUUUAUAUUAAUCCUGUAAGAAAAAGAAUCAAUAAAAUUUUUGAUAGUCACAUACUGACUGAUAACAGUGAGGCACUUAAUACAAUAUCUGGACUGUGUACAUCGAAUUCGUCCAACACUAGACGGAUGCUUGUAAAUGAAAUAGAAAAACGAGAUAUGUUAGUAAAUAAAACUAUUUCCAUCGAGUACAAUAAAGUAAGUGAAAAGUUGCAGGUACUACUGGAUUCUCUAAGUACUUUGGAUUCAUCAGUUAGAGAUAUGUCAAAGAAGUUAAACGAUUCGAAAACCAAAACGCACCAUUUAAUUACACAAACUACCAAAUUAAAAUCUGAAAGAAAGAAGACUGAAAAGAAAUUAGUAUGGGUAGAUGCAUUUGUCAAAAAUUUUAAUAUCUCUACGGAACAAAAUGAGUACAUUUAUAAUGUAUCUGUGAAGACACCACUUACUGCAGAUUUUUUUGGAACUUUGGCUCGAAUUGAAAAGCUUAAUGAUAAUUGCAAAACAUUGGUCAAAUGUUGGUAUCAAACUUCAGCUUUUGAUAUCAUGGAAAUAACAGGGAUCCAACAAGAGGUAGCUAUUGAAAAACUGUACCACUGGACCAUUGGAGCUUGCCGCAGUAUUGACUCGCCUAACAAUGCACUAGUGCCAAGAGCUUUGGCCAAGCUCCAGAACCGACAGGUCCUUUUCUCUAAUAUCAUAGAUGAAUAUUGCACAGCCAGGAAAGCCACCAUUGUGCAAUUGUUUAUAGAUGCUCUCACCAAGGGUGCAGACAGUGGUUCCAAGCCUAUAGAAUUUUAUGCUAAUGAUGCAAAGAGAUAUAUUGGAGACAUAUUAACUUGGGUCUAUCAAAUUAUACCCAUAGAGAAAGAAAAUCUUGCAAUAUUGCUCAAAGAUUGUGACCUGCAAGAUAAAAAUGAUCAAAUAACCCAAGCAUUAACAACCAUCACAGAAGCAUUAUGUCCCUUAUUGAAAGUAAGAGCAGAGCUGAUACUGAAACCUGAUAAGGACCCGUUGGUGCUAUGGUCUAUAUCUAACUUAAUAAACUACUAUAAGGAAGUCAUUCAGGCUGUGAUGCCCAAAGGCCACUUAAUUGAUUCCUUUACAGAAUUGCUGCAAAAGAGUGAGGAGGUAUUUAUAAUAACCCUUGACAGCAAGAUCCAGAGAGAACUAAGCCAUGGUGUUAAAGCUCCACCAUCAGAUCUGAAUCCUUCUGUAGUUGUCACAAAUUUAGUGGGAUUCUUGAGGGAUUUACUGGCCAUAAUGAAUUCCACUAAUAAGAUUAAUAAUUUGGAUAAAAAAAUUAUAACAACUCAUAUCCUGGAUCCCUUGCUGCAAGCUAUCAAUGAAACUGCUUGUCACCUCAGCUCUACUGACAUGUCUGUGUACACCUUGAAUUGCAUUUACCACAUACAGUGUACCUUAUCACUUCAUACUAUCAUGGAUGAAUACAAUGAAAGGCUGCAAGCUCAGUCAGAAGCUCAAAUAGACACCUUAACUUCGGAACAGGCGAGCUUCCUUGUGGCAAACUUAAAUUUGGGCCCUAUUUAUACUAUUCUACAGGAAAAAACAAGCGGGCCCAUUUCAGCUAUUCCAGGAAUGGACACAGCAACACUGAAAAUGUUCUUGAGUAAAUUCGAUAUGUUUAUUGUAUCUCCGGAAGUGUACACUCUGCCACAACUUAAUUUACUCCUGAGUCACAAUCAUAAGUUGUUUGUUAAGAAGCGAUCCUUUGAAGUUAUAUUGGCUAUUUAUGGGCAGCUGUAUCAAGCUGUUUUCGAUCCUAUGAAUGGGUAUGUGAACCCACAAGAUAUUGUUAAAAGAACACCAGAGGAGGUCAAUAAACUUCUUAUGUAGAUGAAAUUAAGUCAUAAAAAUAAAAAUUACAAAUGAUAUCUUAAAUAUAUUAU